ACGCUUUCCCCUUGGUGCGGUUUCAGCCUGGUCUCCAACCAGCACCCGAGAUAUUCCUAGUGGUCAGACUCAAAAAGACCCAUCGACAUCAGACGGUAGCCACUCAUACCGCGUAUAGCGCUUGUAUCAUAUCAAAGCAUGACGCCAACGUGCCCCAGACACUAUGCUGCUCCGAGCCCGUGAUAGGCUGCGGCCUGGCCGAUGCAUGAAGCUAUGCGACGCGCUUGGUAUCCGAUCUUCACCAGAUUAAGCGUCUCUGCUAGAUUAAGCCGCGAUAACCGGGAAGCUUGGCCCUGGAAUUCUGCAGCAACGUUGAAUCUCAAACACUAGCCGCUCGAAAGGCCAGGUCUAUAACCGACUACACCAUUAUGCACUGGAAGCUAAGCUUUCAAUGACAGCAUCAGUUCACGAUCAAGUCUGAAGAAUGAUCUAUAAAAGCGGCCAUUGUAUCAUCUCUUCAAGUACCAUUUCUCACAACCAACCAGCUUAUCACAGCCCAAAAGCACUGCCCAACUGUUUACUCUCAUUUUGCUUUUCACGGCUACCCUCCUUUCACCAUGGUCAACUUCAAGGCUUCCGUUCUUCUUCUUCCGUUUCUUACCCGCGCCGCUCCCACCUACGACGCCGUCUCUACCGACUUGGAGCCACUACUGGAAGAUGCCCCGACUCCAGUGAUGGAUGAAUUCCCCGGCGACAAGGUCCAAGCUAGAGACGCCGAGGGCGACGACGAUGGAAGAUACGUCGUUGAUGAGAAAUAUCUCACAGAUAAUGUUUCUCGUCUCAAGGCUCGCUUGGAACCUUGCAAACCUAUGAAGAACAACAUCAAUUGCGCUAUUAUUUUGCAUCUUCAGCCAAAUGAGAUCUGCCAUGACGACCAGAAACAUAUGUAUCGCUGCGGCACCCUCAUUAAGGCCUCCAACAAGGGUCAGGCUCCAGAGGCGAAGAAUAGCACUGGCACAGACAAAGACGUCAAGUCAACUAAGGAGAGAAUUUUGUCGCAGCUUACAAGUCCUCGGUGUUAUGACAAAGACGAAAAUAUCUACACGUGUCUUUAUCCAAUCAAAUCUGUCAAGAACAACACAGGGGCUGAACCGGAGGCUGCCCCUCUCAUAGAGGACACAACCAUUGAAGAACCUGGUCUUGAUGCCACACAGGAGAAAGCCGAGGGCCCCGGUACCGACGGGACGAUCGCCGCCAACGCUUCUCACCCUACACCCCAAUCAGCCUGUGGACGGCGAGGUCGCUGCCCUGUUAACCAUAGACUGGUGAUUUGCCACGACAAUUUCGGUCAGCUUCGCAAAUGCGGCCCUCUGAUUGAUCCUUCUAGUGGUCCUCGCCACGGAGGACCACACCACGGAGGACCUGGUGGCUUCCGAAACGGCACGUUGAAAAACAUCACCAGAAUUAUUUCGGGCUCAAAUAAGAGACACCAACCUACAGCCACGCCCAUUCUGGAGGACUUGGUCAUCAAGGAGCAGGGCCUCGAGACUGUGGAGGAGGAGGAUGAAGAAAGCGAAGAAGGCAAUGCUGCCGAGACGAUCAAUCGUAGAGUUGUGACACCUCUCAUUGCACCAGAACGCGAUGGUGCGGCCAUUCUCCGAAAAAAAAUCCUCCUAUGUCAUGAUAACUAUGGCCAUCGACGCGAGUGUGGCCGUAUCAUUCCUGGGGACAACAAGCCAGUCCGCCGCGUGACAUUCAGCGAUGUUAUCGAGUAUGCGCCGGAUAGCAAUGACGAGGAAGCAACUCCUACGAAGCGAUUUGAACCUCUGCAGGCAGAGGCUGAAUCGCUUCUUUUUAAAGAUGAAGAGUUUGAUGCGGACGAUGAGUCCGACUAAGACGACUCUUGUGAAGAGUGGUUUGGCUGGUCCAACCACGACAACGACGAUUCCGGGCUGAACCCUUUGCAUUAAUCUAUAUUUUAUGCGAGCGAGAAAUAUUUAAUUUUAGAGUAUAAUAGCAUGCGAAUAAUAUUAGAUUUUAUUUUGAG